GAUUUCCUGAGCUGCGGGGACAACCAUCCCGUCCCCGGGACAUGGAGUCCAAGGUAACUCCAAGGAGGCCCUCCCCAUUCCUUAGGGACAGGAGAGGUUAUAAGACAAUUAACAGGACACCUCCUUCACCCUUGGCCAGUGAACCUCAGGAAAUGAUAGGAAAAGCUCACGAGCUGUUCCAGCUCUGUGAUAAAGAAGAGAAGGGGCUAAUCACCAAACGAGAUCUGCAGAGGCUUCAGAAUGAGUUACCCCUCACCCCAGAGCAAUUAGAGGCUGUGUUUGAUAGCCUUGACCAGAGCAACAAUGGCUACCUCACUCCGGUGGAGUUCGGUAUAGGACUUGGUAAGUUACUGGGGGUCAACUUGCCGCCUGAGGUAGAAGAGGGGGAGAAAUCAGUACUGGAGGAGACAUUCGAGUACGGAUGGUCAGAUGGACCUGAUGAUGAGAAUGAUGCUGAUGACAUGCUUUUUUGUUCAACCAUGGAGCAACUGGGAGCAGCAAGGGUGUUCCAGGAACACAAAGAGAUCCGAGAUAUGUGGAUUCGUCUUCGUAAAGAACGUCCAGAGCUCCUGGGAAAUUUUGAAGACUUCCUUUUCCGAGUGUCCUCUUAUAUUCGGGAUGUACAUCACGAGAAAGAGACAUUGGAACAGGCUCUAAAACGAAAGGAGAUUGAUCAUGGACGGGAAGUUAGAUGUCUAUAUGAGGAGAUGGAGCAACAGAUCAAGAUAGAAAGGGAUCGACUUCUCAGAAAGGACUCAUCCAGGCAUCAGGACAGACACACAGCUCUUCAGAGGGAACUGGUCAGGAAGGAGCAAGAGCUGGACAGCAUUGUCCUACGACAGAAACAGCUGGAGAACCAGUUACAUUCUAUAAACAGUGAACAACUCGAGACCCGUGUUCAAAAUGACCGUCUAAAGAAACUCAACGAGGACCUCAUUGCACAACUGGAGAAAAUCACAGGAGACCUGGAGAGAGCACAGAGCAAUCUGCAAGGUCUGCGAAAACAAGAGCAAGAAGAGCAGGAACACAAGAAAAGAGAGGUUUUUCGAGUCUCAAGAAAUAUGCAGAAAGAGAAACAAAGUCUCUUGAGGCAACUGGAACUUCUCAGAGACAUGAACAAAAAGCUUCGGGAUGAAAAGGAUGUGUUCGAAGCUAAGAAACUGGAUGCUUUAAAGAAAAGCCUUUCAGAACCAGUUCCUUCUUUAGGUCCCUGCUGCUCCCACUCCUCAGAGUCCAUAAAUUGGAACACUGGCCUGUGACAUUGAGAACCCGGAACGCGCAAUGUUAUAACCAACGUAAUGUAAAGAGCGGUUCUACAGGUGAAGUAAUCGCCAUGGAAACCAAUGGACUGUACUGGUGCUCCCCCUGUUAGAAUGUUACACUGUAUUUGCUCUUUAUGAACACACCGCCUCCUCGCCUACCAGAAAAAAAGCCAAACUACACUACGAAGAGAUAUUUCUGUGAGUCCUUUGGAUACUGUGAAGCUUAUUAUUAUUAUCGUGACACAAAGACUGGAGAAAUCUCUUAAUGGAGAUAAUUCUCUUUAAUAUGUGCAUCUUGGGACGUGUGUAUAAAAUCUGUACCAUAUGUUAAAACUAUGUGUGUGUAUAUAUGUAUAUAUAAAUGUAAGUGUCUUUA